CGGGCGUGGACGGUGUACAUAGCAUUUCGAGUGUCCGCUGCUAUAGUAACCGUACGUGUUCCAGUCGGCUACAUUUUUGCUACGCAGUUUGAUUCAUUUUUUCAUUUUUUCCUUCAUUCUAUUCAAAUCAUUUCGUUCGGUUGUUGUUGUUGUUGUUUUUUCCUCGUCAAUCACGCUGGAUGUGCUGGGCGGUCAUCUGGCAGGAAGUUUUUCUUACUGGAACGUGACGAUACCAGAAACCCAUCUCUCUGAUCGGUGCUACUGCUAGCUGGAACGGAGAGCCAUAAUGGAUGAGGUACGGUGCGAGAGCUGGUCGAUCGCCCGUCAAUUGAACGCCCUCUACGAGUCGGUGGGCCACAUUUGUGGCGUCCGUGUCACGGCGAUAGACAUCGGCCAGCAGCAGCGGGAUCAUCUGGUCCGACCGACAUUGCUGCCACUGCCGACCGAAGACGACGAUCGCCAACAGCUGCUGGAAGGAUUGCGCCAACAGGACGGUCUCCUUCGUCAGCAGAUUCGUGACCUCAUUGCGAAAUUGCCCAUACGGACUCCCGCCGACCAGGCGGUGACCAGUGGUGGAACGGCAUCAGCGCCGGCGGCCGAAGCGCUCCGGCACUUCCUCGUCUCCAACGGCGGCGAAACGGGCGGCUGGGACGCCCGGGAUCACGGCCUUUUCCUCCAGUGGCGCUCCAGAUUUAGAAACAAUCGGCAGACCUUCGUCUCGGCCGUCUGCGACACGGUGCCAGGUAAGAACGCGGCCCAGGUGGAAGCCCACGAGAAGUGGUACCAGAAUUUGCAGAGAUUGCGUCGGGAGCAGCGACAGGAGUUGGACGAGUGGAAACGCCAGAAGAAAUUGGCGGACGAGGAAGAGCGGAAAUCGGCGUCGACGGAAUUCCGGCAACAGCAAGAAAGCGACGCCUGGGUCGCCCAGUGGCGCCGCCAACGCGAAACUGUGCGCAAGAACCUCGACCGCUGGAAGGAGGAAAAGGCUUUAAAAGCGGCCGAAGAGCCGGCCAAUGCGGACGAGUUGGUGGAGGAAGAGCGUAAGAAAGCGGAAGCUGAGCAACGACGCCGGAUGGAUCAGCAAUACCAGAAACUGGUGGCCUAUUUGUGGCGGAUGGAGCAAGAAACGGCCAAAGUGGCGGCGGAGACGGCUGACGAAUAUUUGGCCCGGCUGGCCAGGAAGGAGAAAUCUCAGUCGGGCAACAGCCGAAACCUGCAGCUGAUGGCCGAACAAAGGCAGGAGCGUGACCGGCAAUGGCUGGAGCAGCGACGCCGCCAGCUGUUGACUCGCCAACAACAACAACAACAGCAGCAGCCACCCAAAGUGGCGUCACUCAAACGGGCGGUGUCGGUGCCACGAGAUCCGCAGCGUCUCCUCCGACCCACAUCCGCAUACAUGGCCCGGCUCCUACCUGCCCAUAAUGACGAUGCUGUGCCGUCAGUCAAACAGCGGCCGGCCGAAUCCUACAUCCUGGACAUCCAGUCCAAAACGGUGCCGAGUUGGCGACAACUGUCAAGCCGAUGACGUCAUCACUGGAAUGGAAUCGCGUAAUCAUCACCCACCACCAACAGCAGAUUUUUUGUUUGAAAAUGUGUUUAGAAGAUUGUUGUUGUGUGUUGUUCAAAGUGUCGUGUCAUGUGCUGUGUGUUGUCCAGGACAAAUGUGUGUUGCGACAUCUUUUUUAAAAAUUGUCUUUUAUUCGUUGAUGAUGUCCUUCUUGUGUUGGUGGUGGUCGGUGCAAUGUUUCUUGAUGGGCGGAUCGUCUCCAUCUUCGUCGUCUUCCUGGAUCAGAUAAGAGGGCGGAGCCACCGAAUGCGGCAGCGAGACGCAAGUGGGCGACGGAGCCCUCGACUCCAGGUCCAGAUAAUCCUUGACAGCGUCCAGAUAACCUGUAGUAACAUAUUUUAUUGGUUUUCCAACAAACAAUUAAGACAUUUCACAUUUAUUUUCUUCCGGUUCAACGUGGCAAUUAGCCGAGUCUAAUAAACCCCCCGCUGAUGUACAUUA